CUACAUUAAUAAUCUCUUAUUUCCUCAAUCUCCUGUACUUCUUCCCUUCUGCUGCCGCGCACGCCUCCCUCUGCGAGUCCCUUAGCUGAAAGGCAAACCCAACUUCCAAAGGUUUGCUUCCUUCCAAUCUACGCCUUGAUAUUCUUUCCUGCAUCCCGUCCGCCGCUGCUAUACAACUGAUCGCUGCUUUCAUUCCAUCUCUUUGCUGGGGCUCAUACGCCGCUUUUCACUGCCGCUGCUGUUGUAUCCAGAAGAAAAUUUCCUUCAUCUCGCAGGUCAGUUCUCUUUACUGAAGUAAAAAGAUAGGGGACGAGAUAAUACAUUAAUUUGUCCAGCAAGGCAAACACAACUCUACACUAUGGGGAGGGCAAAAAAGGGCCCAAAAUUUGCAGCAAUGAAGAAGAUAAUCACCUCUAAAGCAAUUAAAAAAUACAAAGAAGAGGUUCUGAAUCCAGCUAAACAAGAUCUCUCCAAGGACAAGCUCCCUCGUAAUGUGCCCCAAGUUUCUUCUGCACUUUACUUCAAAUACAACACAGCAUUGGGGCCACCAUACAGGGUUUUGGUAGAUACCAACUUUAUCAAUUUCUCCAUCCAAAAUAAAUUGGAUUUAGAGAAGGCAAUGUUAGACUGUUUGUAUGCAAAAUGUACACCUUGCAUCACUGAUUGUGUUAUGGCAGAGCUUGAGAAGUUAGGUCAGAAAUACCGUGUAGCUCUGAGGAUAGCUAAGGAUCCACGUUUUGAGAGACUGCCCUGUAUUCACAAAGGGACUUAUGCUGAUGACUGUAUUGUUGAUAGGGUUACUCAGCAUAAAUGCUACAUUGUUGCGACGUGUGAUCGUGAUCUGAAGCGAAGGAUACGCAAGAUCCCAGGUGUGCCAAUUAUGUACAUUACACAACACAAAUAUUCAAUUGAGAGGAUGCCUGAAGCAACAAUAGGUGGAGCUCCAAGAUUUUGAGGCAACUUCCAAGAGUGGGAAGAUUUAUGGUUUUGUCACAAUUCUCAUCUGCUCUUUACUUGUUACCAAAGGGUUUUGUUAAAAAAAAAAAUCAGUCUAAUGUUAGUGGAUGGUUUAGUGCCUGUCAUGAGCUGAGCAGAAUUUGAUAUGUUUUACGUUUUUUUUUUCAAUUAGAAAUUUAGUUUAUCUUUUUUAUUUUUAAAAAUUUGAGAAAAAGAAUGUUGGUUGAGCUGCAUUGAUCCGAUUUAUUACUGCAACGUUGUUGUUAGAGUUGGAAAAUUAAUUAAACUACAUGCUUCUAUUAUAGUUCU